GCGGUUAUGCGAUUUUUCCCUUUUUCAAGAUAUAUGUAUAGUUUGGGUAAGACAACAGUAACAUCUCUCAUGACUUUAUAGUGAAAAUAUCACUUUCAUUCUCUCAUUUGCUCUUGCUUUCUUCUCCCCCAGAUCCGAUCCGGAGAACAGAGGGUUGAAUUUCUUGUCUAGAAAGAAGUUGGAGUUAUGGGUCGUGGAGUCAGCAGCGGUGGGGGACAGAGUUCACUUGGCUACUUGUUUGGGAGUGGAGAGGCUCCGAAACCAGCUCCAAGUAAUACCCAAGCUGUUCCAAAUGAAGGGCAGACUGUAAAUAAUGGGCCUCCUCCCAAGCCUACAGUUGUUUCUCAGCCAGCAGAUGUUACCAAGCAGAUUCCUGCAGGUAUACAUAGUAAGCCUGCAAACAACUAUUUCCGAGCAGAUGGCCAGAACAGUGGCAAUUUUCUCACGGAUCGGCCCUCGACUAAGGUUCAUGCUGCCCCUGGAGGUGGAUCCUCUCUUGAUUACCUUUUUGGUAGUGGUGGGAAGAACUGAAUACACCUUGCAUAUCUUAAUAAACUACUUUUCUUUAUGGAUUCAGUAGAAUGGGUGUUUUGAGAAGACGCUGUUAUAUCAUAUGUAACAAUUGAAACUUGCUUGAUCAUGUAAUAUAUUGGUGUGCUGAUUGUUGCUGGCAUUAUUCAGCCAAGAUAUUUAAUUUUAGUUGCAUGAACAUCUUAUCUUUAUGAA